CUACAUACAGCUACCCAGACGCGUCUUCUCCGCUCUCAAUCACCGAAACCAACUUUUUCUCCCAAAUCAACUACUCAUCAAAAUGACUGGAGGCGGCAAGUCCGGCGGUAAGGCCAGCGGUUCCAAGAACGCGCAGUCUCGUUCAUCGAAGGCAGGCCUGGCCUUCCCCGUCGGUCGUGUCCACCGUCUGCUCCGAAAGGGCAACUACGCCCAGCGUGUUGGUGCUGGCGCCCCCGUCUAUCUCGCCGCCGUUCUUGAGUACCUCGCUGCUGAGAUUCUCGAGCUGGCCGGCAACGCCGCCCGCGACAACAAGAAGACUCGUAUCAUUCCUCGUCAUCUCCAGCUGGCCAUCCGCAACGAUGAGGAGUUGAACAAGCUUCUCGGACACGUCACCAUCGCACAAGGCGGUGUUUUGCCUAACAUCCACCAGAACCUUCUGCCUAAGAAGUCUGGCAAGACUGGCAAGAACCAGAGCCAAGAGCUGUAAUCUUGGUGGUGGUUUUGGCUUUUCUUUCCUGCUGGUCGGCUGCGCUUUGGGUUGUCAUGACAUCGGGGUCUCGGUUCAGGGUUCAGGGUUGAUUUUUCGCGUUUGGGUUGUACAAUAAUCCCCCACGGCUUUUAUGGCCGGCAUGGUGAUGAAUGAGAAUACCUUCUGAAGUUCAUUAC